AUGUUGCUUCCUCGACGAGCACCGCAACUCAGGUGGCAGAGUCUGCGUUGCGCAGUCCUUUCGUCGCCCAAUCGGAGCGCUGCUCUUCCCUGGACAACGCGACGGUGGUGUGCCGCCUCUGCCUCUGCCUCUGCUUCUACUCCUGCUUCUGCCUCUGCUGCGUCUGGCGGUGGUGCCUCUUCAUUAGCUGCUGCUGGUGUUGCUCCGGGUCUCUGCUCUGACGUUGGCCUGGGCGGAUCGGCUGGCGGUAUUACUACAGGCGCUGACAGCACCGCUGCUGCCCCUAUCAACCCCCCUAUCGCCCCCCCUUUCAGCGCCGCUACCAGCACCACUACCGCUGCUGCUGCUGCUGCUGCCCUGGCCAGGAUGGGUCCCCGUGCCCCGCCCCCUCCAUCAGGCCAAAACUCCUCCGCCUCCUCGCAAGCUUCCCAGUCUCUUCAACCCUCCCGGCGGACUGCGCAAAUUGCUGCUCACCUGUCUUCUUCUUCACCACCACCCCGCGAGGACACCAGCGACGCUUCAUCCACGCCGCCAACCGCCACCAUGGCCAACUACACCGUCCGCAAGGUUGCCCCCCAGAACACUCUGGAGCACCGCGUCUACAUCGAGAAGGAUGGCGUGCCCAUCUCGCCCUUCCACGACAUCCCGCUCUUUGCCAACCAGGAGCAGACCAUCCUGAACAUGGUUGUCGAGAUUCCUCGCUGGACCAAUGCCAAGCUUGAGAUCUCCAAGGAGGAGCUUCUCAACCCCAUCAAGCAGGAUGUGAAGAAGGGCAAGCUUCGCUAUGUCCGCAACUGCUUCCCCCACAAAGGCUACCUCUGGAACUACGGUGCCUUCCCCCAGACCUGGGAAGACCCCAACACCGUCCACCCCGAGACCAAGGCCAAGGGUGACAACGACCCUCUCGACGUCUGCGAGAUCGGCGAGCUUGUUGGCUACCCCGGCCAGGUCAAGCAGGUCAAGGUCCUCGGUGUCAUGGCCCUUCUCGACGAGGAGGAGACUGACUGGAAGGUCAUUGUCAUUGACGUCAACGACCCCCUGGCCCCCAAGCUCAACGACGUUGAGGACGUCGAGCGCCACCUGCCCGGCCUGCUCCGUGCCACCAACGAGUGGUUCCGUAUCUACAAGAUCCCCGACGGCAAGCCCGAGAACCAGUUCGCUUUCACCGGCGAGUGCAAGAACAAGAGCUAUGCCAUGGAUGUCAUCCGCGAGUGCGCUGAGGCCUGGGAGCGCCUCAUCACCGGCAAGACCCAGCCCGGCAGCGUCUCCACCACCAACGUGACCGUCCAGCACUCCCCCAGCCGCGUUGCCCCCGAGUCCCUGCCUCCUCUGCCUCCCCACCAGGACCUCCCCCCUGAGAAGAUCGAUGCCUCCAUCGACAAGUGGUUCUUCAUCAGCGGUGCAUCUGCUUAGUAUGCAUAAUUUAUGAUGAAAGUUUGAUGGCGCCAGUGUAUCAAAUCUAUAGUCUUUGAUAGUAUACCCUGCCAGAGUCAAAAAGAACAAAAAAAAAAGGAGAAUCUAAGCUCUGCAGUAAAAGUACAAGAAAACUUUUCCAUGAAGAUGAUAUCGUACAACAUUCCGUGCU